GAACUCUUGCAAAGUGAAGAUGCCGAUUGUGUUUGAGAACGUUGAGAAGAACGUGCUGUCUGAGAAAGCCAAAUUUCUCGAUGUGGAACAUUUUAUUCGCGUCCGAAAUACGGAAUUUCCUGAUUUAGAGAUUGCAUCGAAAUGGCACGACAGAGCAUAUUUUUUCCCUGACCGCUACGAGAAGAUUGCGGAAAAAAUACAGCAUUUUACAGUUCGGGAAGACGAUGUCUGGGUCAUUUCGUUUGCAAAGUGCGGCUCGACGUGGUCGGAAGAAAUGGUGUGGCAAAUAUGCAACGAUUUGGACUUUGAUGCUGAAAAAGCGGGAUUGUUGUCGAAGAGAUUUCCAUACUUUGAGAAUCAAACUGUUGCCACGGAGAAAGUCUUCAAAGACUCAUUGUCUGACUUGAGUGAAAUGACUGGAAGACGGUAC